UAGAAAACUCCGGAUUCUGACGUUCCUCGGGGAGCGGUGUCCCUAUAGGCUCCAGCUCUGCGCUGCGUACCAUCACUUCACACCAGAGCUCAGCUCGCCUGUGAAGACAGACAGAGAGAGAGAGACGAACAGACAGAUUGGCUGGAUCGCGCUACCUCGUUCUUGCUCUUUUGGUUUAUGCAAUCUCUCUUGCUGAAUUUUUUCCCCAUCGGAACAAGGACAAACGAAAUUUUAAAACUCGUGAUCAAACUAGCUUGUGUUUUCUUCUUGAACAACUUGGACUAGCUUGUGUUCCGAGUACUCAUCGUUCUGAUGGCAAGAAGGAUUCAGUCUCUUGUCCCAUCGGCCCUGUUUGCCUCUUUUGACGGGACUAUCUACUAGCGAGUUCUUUGACCACCGUGAGAGCAGGAGCAGCAGUUGCCUUAUUUUGCUGCAAUGUUGAACAAGACAUCAGGUAAGGCAGGAGGAGGAGCAGUUGGGAGCAGUCCGCCUGCUCCAGGACCAGGACUAAUGGGGCAUGAGCUCCCCAGGCACAGCAAUGGCAGCAGACCUUCCUCCCUUCUGCCGCUCUCUCCAAGGUCACUCACAAGCCUCUUCUCCACGGACGCCCCCACGAGCCCCACCUCCAUGCUCCAUGAGUCCAAGAACCAGCCCCGGUCCAGCCCAAGAAACCCCCCAAACGGUCAUUCUCACGGCGCCGGCCUCGCCGCCGUGCUCGUCGCCGGCGAGGCCGAGCGGGAGCACCGCUCGAACGGCAGGGUGCUUCUCGGGAUGCGCCUGAGGGUGCAGCUGCCUCCCAUGAAGGGGCUCGGUGGCAUCGGCUGCGACCUGCCGAGCUCGCCGAUCGAGUUCGGCGUCAAGAACAGGGACUCCCAACUCGCGCUGCUCUCCCCGGUGCAGCGGUCGCCGCUGUCGUCGGCGGCAGCGAGGGCGGCGCGGAGCGAGGUGCAGGAGUUGGCGGAGGAGGAUUACACCUGCGUCAUCGCCCGGGGGGCCAACCCCAAGAUGACCCACAUAUUCGAUGACCGCGUCGUCGAGAGCUGCGCCGGCGAUGAUUGCUGUCAGCUGAGCCAUGCCUGCUAUGAGUGCAAGAAAGGGAUUGGGGCCAGGCAACCAUGCUCUCAUCUUGCAGCAUAGAGACGAGGAACUCAUUCUGCAGCAGCCAAUGCAGCUACCGGGAGGUGGUCUUGGGGUAAAAGAUCGGCGACUCACCGGACACGUCACCGAAAAACUGAAACCCUGAACAUUUUCGGCCUGAUUUUGGCAGACGUCUGCAUGUGUCUUCAGACCAUUAUUGCAUUGAUUUGUUUUGAUCCAAAUGAAUGUACGAUCAUUGGUCGGUGCGGUCAAUGUUAGCCUGGGUUUGGCCCUAUUUUUGCUGUAGUAGAAAAACCUCGAGUAAUGCUAAGCUCAGCUCCCCGUCAUGUGCUGAGAAUUGUUCUUGUUUCA